AACAACAAUAACCAAACACAAGAAGCUAUGCACACAUACACACGUUCUUGCCAUGGUUAUCCGCAUAAAAAACGCAAAAAAUCUGCAUUUGGAGGCUUCUAACUUAUGGGCCCUCUUCAGAGUAGCAUGAAGUACCAACUCUGCUCACAUCUUUCAUUUGACACCUCAACUUACUUUCACAAAAAAAACGAAAAUAUCUAUUGGAUCCCAAGUACAUGACAAAACGAGAUCUACAACAUUAUUAUCGAUACUAUCACAAUGCCGCAAAGGGCCAACGACAAUGUAAAAAAAUUGUAUUCAUCAUAUUGUGUGUGUGCUUUGUUGCUUAUCUAUUCGUUGAUUAUAAUCUUCGUUCCAAAAUUAUCCAGUUCCGUGAUCGUUUCGAGUUUAUGGCUCGAGUUGAUGCAGACUACAACGUAACACAGGCUUAUUUUGUUGAUACGCCGGGUUGUCAUAUGCCUUACUUUGACGUCAUCAACUAUCGCAUUCUUCAAUAUAUGGGUUCACCCCCAAAUUUGACAUGUGACAAAGCCCUUACACGUACAAAAGAUGUCGGCUCUCAUUUGUGGUGGGCCAUGACGGACGAGGAGGUGAUGCAUCGGUACCGAAUAAACGAUACCAAGAGCAUCAACUGUCAUUAUGCAGUACUCAAACACAAUCAUACAAUAUCAAAAAGUACUUUCCAAGGAGUAGUGUCAUUCAAAUUGCUUUAUAAUCAAUCAAUCGAAAUGGCCCCCGAAACUGAGUUUAUUAGAGUUCGUUGUUCAGACACUCCGAAACAACAAAACUUUUACGAAGACUACCAUUUCUUUGCUUUAAAUAAAAGAAACAUCAAAAAUAGCUCAAAGGCAAAGUAAAAAAAAACUGCUAAUCAUAAACGGCUUCGAAGCGAACAAAGCAAAGACAAAUCAAGUAAUAAAUCAAAUGUAAAAGAUGACGCUCGUGAUGAUCAUUCUCAAAGGCUUUCGGUUAUGAUUCUUGGUAUUGACAGUGUAUCGCAUUUGAAUUUCUUGCGGCACAUGAAACGCACCACCACUUAUAUUCGAAAACGCCUUAAUUACGUAGAGUUCUGGGGAUUUAACAAAGUGGGUGAUAAUACCUACCCCAAUCUGAUUCCACUUCUUACGGGCUUGGCAGCAGAUGAACUGAAACUAUCUUGUAUGCGUACAAAGGAAUUUCAGUACGUUGAUGACUGCCCGUUUAUUUGGAAACGAUUUAAAGAAGAUGGAUAUAUGACGGCUUUUCUUGAAGACGUGGCCCGAACCAGUCUAUUUAGUACCGAUUCGAUCUUCAAUCAUCAACCUACUGAUUAUUAUAUUCGACCCAUUGCUAUGGAAAUGGAGAACAAUAUUGGUUACUACUACUCAGUAAAUGUGGAUUUAUGUAUGGGAGGGCGACGUACCGUUGACUUAGUCCUCGAGAUGAUCCAUAAACUAACGCCAUUUCUACAGACCGAUGACUUCUUUUCCUUCUUUUGGCUAGUUUCCAUGACACACGACUUAAUAUAUAUGCCAAAACUACUAGACAAUGAUUUUGUUGAUUUAUUUGAACGUUUCCAAGCAUCUGGAGUUUUGAAUAAAACGAUCAUUCUACUAAUGAGUGACCAUGGUUUGCGCUGGGGAUCAUUCCGUCGAACGUACCAAGGCAUGAUGGAAGAGCGCCAACCACUCCUCAUUGCCAUAUACCCAUCCUGGUUCAAGCAAAAAUACGCUGAAGCCGUUGCCAAUUUAGAAAUCAACUCCAAGCGAUUAACAACUUUCUUCGAUGUAUAUGAAACAAUAUUGGAUGUUCUCAAUUUAAAGAAUUUGCGACCCUCGAAUAUACAGUCGCGCGCUAAAGAGCUCCGCGACUCUGAUAUAAUGCCUCGAGGUAUAAGUCUGUUUCUUCCCGUUCCAGAAACGCGGACUUGUGAGAACGCUGGAAUUGCAUCGCACUGGUGUACGUGCUAUCAACGCUCUGAAAUGCCAACCAAUGAUGGUCGCGUUCAAGCAGCGGCACGAUACGUUGUCAAAUUGAUCAAUGAACAACUGAAGCCGUAUCCACAAUGUCGGGUUCUAUAUUUAAAUUCCAUACAGGAAGCAGUUAUAGCAGCGCCACAUCACACGAUUGUCAGGGAUAUCAGCAAUGAUUAUGGCAUUGACAUUACAUUGCGGCUGCAAACUAAACCUGGUUUGGGUCUCUUUGAGUCAACAGUGCGCUUGGCAGGUUACACAAAAAAGCUAACCGGCACCAUUAGUCGCCUUAAUUUAUAUGGAAGUCAAAGCUAUUGUAUUAAUAACAGUUCACUUAAAAUGUAUUGCUAUUGUCACAGAUAAAACCUUUAGAAAAACAAACCUAUAAUAUAGUAUGUACUCACAGUAUGUCAAGGAGUUUCGACAUUGAAAAUAAAUUCAAUUUUUCGAAAAAUAGCACCCUUUAUUUAUGUAUCUCUGAUUUCUUCUUUUACUGAUUCAUAUUUAUUCAUAUCAUUUAAAAGGAAACUUCAACUAAAGCACCAAAAACAAAUAACACACUAUUUCGACACUAUCAGUAAACUGUUUCUUCAUUUUGCUUUUUCAAUUUCUUUAGAAUCUCUGCUUUGCACUGAUCACUUUGAUCCUUCCGUUUUAUUAUUCAGUCAAAAAUGUUUGCUUUAUUCGGACUUUAAAUUAAAUACUGUGUUUAUAAUGUUAUAAAUCGAGCGGAAAGAGGGUAGAUUAAACCAAAAGCGUGCAGUUGGGCCCAAAACUAAAAUUCCUGGACGUGCAGAAUGCUUGAUGAUCCGAAAAUUGGAUCAAAAUCCCAGAAUUUCCUUGAGAACGCUUGCAAAGGAGCUUAACGAGGAGUGUAUAGUGUAGUAUUGUUGUCUCUCUUCAAGCAGUGCGUCAAGCCAUACUGCACUUCAAAUAUUCAUCGAGAUCAACAUGCAAGGAACCAUUUCUGUCUGCACAGAAUGUGGAAAAAAUUCUGUCUUAUGCUUUGAACCACAUUUCCGAACCAGAAGAUUAUUGGGACGACGUUAUACUAUAUUUUGCGACGAAACAAAGAUAAUGGUAUAUUACAAGAAUGGACCAAUUAGAGCUGGCGAAAGCCCUUGGCAGCUUUACGAAAUCGAAAUAGAUUUCCCUCGGUUAAAUUUGCAAAAAUUUCCGUUAUGGUUUGGGGGUGCAUUUCAAGUAAAUGAGCAUAAUAUGCAGCAGCAUUAAAAACUGCAAUAAUGGAGGAAUGGCAGCACAUACUGAACGUAUCGACGUAAACAAAUUGGUCGAUUCCAUGAAAAAGUGCCUACAAAUUAUAGUUGAAGCUAACAGUUAUCAUACCAAAUAUUACUAUUAAUCAAAAAUUACGUAUUCAUAUUAUGUAUUCAAUUAAAAAAACCGGUAUUAAAAUUUGUAAAAACAGUUUAUUGACAGUGCCGAAAUAGUGUGUUAAUUGUAUUCGUUGAUUUAGUUGUUGUUUUUCCAAAGAAUUUGAAUUUUUUUUAUUAAUUCCUUUUAAAUGGCGUAAAUAAAUAUGAAUCAGUACAAAAAAAUGGUCAAAGAUAAAUAAAGGGUGCUACUUCUUCUAUUGAAAUUGAAAAAUUGAGUUUAUAUUCAAUGACAAAACUCAUUGUUUGCAUACGGUAUAAAUAAUUAAACCACUACAUUUUCCAUUUUUGUUCCCACUAAAACCUAUCUAAUAAAGUUAAAACCUUUCUUGGGAUGUUUAAAAUCCCAAUAAAGACUUCAGUUACUAUUGUUGGCCAGUUGGCAGUCCUUUACUGUAAUUAAAUCCGAGUUAUUCCGAUAGUUAUUCCUCUCGGCAGGGAAUGGCAAACCUCAGACUGUAUUUCUGACAUGAAAGAGCUUCUCAUAAAAAUGAUUUGCCGUUCGAAAUCGGCAUAAAACUGUAAGUCUCUCUAUUUGUGGAACAACAUCAGGACGCACGCCGCAAAUAGGAGCAGCUCGUCCAAACACUCAAAAAGAGUGUAAGCGCCAGUUUUUUUAUAAGUAUAUUAUUACCUAAAAUGUAAUAUUUAGAAUUAAACGUUUUUAAUAAAAUAACACAGUCUGUAUUAACAAUAAACUGUUUGCUUGUAGGAAAUAAAGGGAUUGUCAAGGCUAUUGCCAAAUUACUUUUAAAAA